CUUUUCUAAUCUUUUCCUGGCAGGCUGCGACCAGCGGGGUUGAGAGCUCCUUUUCUAAUCUUUUCCUGGCAGGCUGCGACCAGCGGCUCUAUUGUUCCGUUGAUCAGUGUGCCCCGGUGCCCCCAGCCCACACGGCACUCCGCCGACCUCUGCCCGCGUUCUGUGCAGAGUCAAACGAUGGCCUCGAUGGCAACGGCGACGGCUCGGCACGUGGUCGCCGUGCCGUUCCCCGGCCGCGGCCACAUCAACCCGAUGCUGGCCGUGUGCCGCCAGCUCGUGGCCGCCGCGGACGGCGCCCUCGCGGUCACCGUCGUCGUCACGGAGGAGUGGCGCGGGCUGCUGGCCUCCGCACCGCUGCCGGACCGCGUCCGCUUCGCCACCAUCCCCAACGUCAUCCCCUCCGAGCACGGCCGCGGCGCCGACCACGCCGGCUUCAUCGAGGCCGUGCACGCCAAGAUGGCGGGGGCCCUGGACCGGCUGCUCGACCGGCUGGAGCUGGACCUGGGGCGGACGCCGGACGCUAUCUUGGCCGACACCUACCUGACGUGGGGGGUGGCGGCCGGCGCGCGGAAAGGGAUCCCGGUGUGCUCGCUGUGGACUCAGCCGGCCACGUUCUUCCUCGCGCUCUACCACUCCGACCGGUGGCCGCCGCUGGAUGGCCGUGCCAGCGAAGAAGAACUAAGCAUCAAGUCCUUGGAGGAAUAUGUCCCGGGCCUCUCAUCAGUAAGGUUGUCGGAUAUCAAGAUCUUCCGCUCCUGGGCGCGGCCAAUGGAGAUAACAGAGGAGGUGUUCGCCCACGCACGUAAAGCGCACUGCGUCCUUCUCACCUCCUUCCACGAGCUCGAACCCAGCGCCAUCAACAGGAUGGCAGAGUCACUCCCAUGCCCCGUAUAUCCAAUCGGCCCUUCCGUUCCACAGCAUAUGCCACUCGAGGGAAGCAAGAUUCACGAGGAGGAGGAGCACCGGAGCUGGCUGGACGCGCAGCCGGAGAACUCGGUGCUGUACGUCUCGUUUGGCAGCUUCGUGUCCAUGGCGCCCGCGCAGCUGGAGGAGAUCGCCAUGGGGAUCCGAGACAGUGGAGUCAGGUUCUUCUGGGUUGCCCGGGACAAGGCCCCCGAUGUGCGGCGGAUGUGCGGCGGCGGCGACAAGGGCGGCUUGGCGGUGCUAUGGUGCGACCAGCAGAAGGUGCUGUGCCACCCCUCCGUCGGCGGCUUCCUCAGCCACUGCGGCUGGAACUCGUUGCUGGAGGCCGUGCGCGCCGGAGUGCCAUUGCUUGCGUUCCCCGUCGGGUGGGAUCAGCUGGUGAAUGCCCGGAUCGUGGCCGACGAAUGGAAGGUCGGCAUCAACCUGAGGGAGCAGAGGAGGGAGGAUGGCGUUGUCAGCAGGGCCGCGAUCUCUGCUGCCGCGGCAAAGCUGAUGGAUUUGGACCGUGGUGCGAGCCAGGAAAUGAGGAGAAGAGCUGGAGAACUGCGUCAGGCUUCCCGUAGCGCGGUUCAGGAAGGCGGCUCGUCGCAUCGUUCUCUGAGCAAUUUCGUCCAAGAUCUCAUGGAGGGGAGAUUGGGCGCUGCAGAAACUUCGCAAUGAUUUUUCUUCGGUUUGUCCUCGACUCCUCGGCCAGCGACAGAAAAGUAGUCGCUUACAGGUAACAAUAAUGCAGGGCAAUAAGGCCAGGUUCAGUUCAGUGCCAUACUGAGUUUCAAAAAAAAAAGUUCAGUGCCAUACUGUAUGUUCCCCCUUUUGACAAGAGGUCUGAAGAAGCUCAAUGUGCAGCCGGUUUUAAAAUUUUCCAGUGUUGUAACUUUCAAAACCGAUUUGGAAACGUCAAAAGUCACAGCUCUUGGAUGGAAUAUCCGAAUCAAAAAUCUGUUUUCAUCGGAGCAUUUCCUUCAAAACUAAAUCUCACUAUGAUAAUUUGA